UCUGACAAUGACUCACGUGUGACCUGAGGGAGGCCCAGCGGCUGGGGAAUCUGUCUGCAGGUGCUGCUGAAGAAAGUGGUGCUGGAUUCUGUCUCCUGUGGUAGACUCUGCUAGCUGGGAACUCUGUACUGGGGAGGGAAGUCCCCCUCCCAACCUCGACUCGUGACGAGUGUGACUCUGAGUUCUGUCUGUCUCUGGGAAGGAGCCGCUCCUUAUAUUGGCAGUGUCAGGCCGGCAGAUGUCGUCACUAAUUUGGGUGUGUCGAGACAGCUGUGUUUGAUCAGGUGCGUGGUGCGGAUGGAGGGUAGCUUCUUGGUCUUGACUCGGGUUUGACUAAUCAUGCGACGGUGAGAACUGCUUCAUUGUGACCGUGACCUCUGCUGGGUCAGGUCUUAAUCUCACUUUAAUCACGAAGGGUGGUUCAACUGAGGAGGGAGUACACACCUGCGCUUCCGGUCACUGCUAUAUGUGCUGUUCUUCUCUGGGCUCUAAGCUGUGGUCUGAUAAACAAUCAUUACAAAUGGUUCUUGGUUUAAUGAGUUAAUGGUUCUUGGUAAUGGUUUAAUGGUUCUUGGUAAUGGGUUAAUGGUUCUUGGUUUAAUGAGUUAAUGGUUCUUGGUAAUGGGUUAAUGGUUCAUGGUUUAAUGAGUUAAUGGUUCUUCGUAAUGGGUUAAUGGUUCUUGGUAAUGGGUUAAUGGGUCUUGGUUUAAUGAAUUAAUGGUUCUUGGCUUAAUGGUUCUUGGUAAUGGUGGUAAUGGUUCUUGGCUUAAUGGUUCUUGGUAACGACUUAAUGGUUCCUGGUAAUGAGUUAAUGGUUCUUGGUAAUGGGUUAGUGGUUCUUGGUAAUGGGUUAGGGGUUCUUGGUAACGACUUAAUGGUUCUUGGUAAUGAGUUAUGGUUCUUGGUAAUGGGUUAAUGGUUCUUGGUAAUGGGUUAAUGGUUCUUGGUAAUUGGUUAAUGGUUCUUGGUAAUGGGUUAAUGGUUCUUGGUAAUGGGUUUCCGAUGGCUGGUCGUGUAUCCUGGUUCAGCGUGAUCUCUUGAUAACUGCCGCUCAGACAUCAUCUCCUGCUGGGGGUGAGGGCAGAGUUGAACCACCCCCAAGGGCCAGUGUCAUCUAGUGUAGGAGUAGCAAACGGACGCCGCAACCCCCCACGAGUCACUGAAGGAGGCCGCUCAGUCUUACAGCGCCUUCUUCAGUAGCGGCAACCAGACGUGGAGUAAUGCUGUGAAGGGCAGGAGGGAGGAUGGCGUGCCUUCCUCAAGAAAGAGCUGACAUGGAAGAAGGAACUCAUACCCAUCAAAGCCAUCCAGUUCCUAUACUCUGCAGGUACGAAUGCAUUGUUCGCCUAUCUGACACUUCACAUGCAGCAGUUGGGCAUCACAAUCAAGGAGAUUGGUACCAUCUAUACCUUCCUCCCCAUCACUUCUAUCCUGGGCCCUCCUAUCUCAGGGAUACUGGCUGACAAGUUCGGAAACUUUAAGCUCGUGGUGUUGGUAAGUCUGGUGCUAACUGUGGUGUUCCAUGUGAUGCUGCUCUACAUACCCCAGAGACCCACCAACUCCCUCACUAUGUCAUGUGGGCCUCAGGGACAUACCCUCUCCUGGUCCUUCUGCCAUGGCUGCCACAUGGACAGUGACAACAUUGAUCUCCAAGUUACCCUUCAGGAUUGUGAGUUGCACUGUGAGUCACCAUCUUCCGAUCUUGUGAUGUGCCUCCAUGACACAAACUCCUCCGACCUCUGUACCUCCUUUGACCUCAAACACCAGAUAACUCUAAAUGGCACCUUGACCUCCUGGAUGGAUGAGGACAUGUGUGGACACACAUGGCAUGACUUGCAAUAUGAGAGCGAGAUGUUCCACAACCUCACCUGCCCUGGACAGUGCCCAGUGGAGUGUCAAGUGAAGGGGGUGCCACCUUGCCACCUCCCUGAUGACCCCUCCCAGAGUUACAGCACCUUCUGGAUCUACUUUAUUCUACUCAUGAUUGCUAACUUUUUCAUGUCAUCCUUGUUCACUAUGAUGGAUGCUUUAACCCUGGCAAUCGUCAAGCAACAUAAUGGAGACUACGGUAAACAACGCUUCCUCUUCAUUGUGGGCAUGGCGGUUAUCUCACCCCUCACUGGAUUACUGAUUGACUGGCAUGAAGAGAAAGUAGGGUACAUGGACAAAAUGCCGGCCUUCUACUUGGGUGCUGGCCUCUGCUUGAUGUCUGCCCUCCUAAUCACCCGCCUCCAGUUCUCUGUGGACCGGGCCAGUGAGCACUUCAUCCAGGACCUGAAGCAGCUGGUGAUCAGGCCAGAGAUCAACAUGUACUUGGUGAUGAUUCUGCUGAUGGGGUCCAACUGGGGCUUCAUUGAGAGUUACCUGUUCAUCUACCUUGGGUCCCUCGGUGCUUCCAACUCCCUCAUGGGAUUGACAAUGACAGUGGGGUCACUGGUGGGUCUGCCUGUCAUGUUUGUUGCUGACCGGGUGGUGGAGAAGCUUCAUCGUCCAGUCAUAUUCAUCAUUUCCUUCUUCACUUACACCAUCAGACACAUUGGUUACUCCUACAUAAAUGACCCAUGGUUGGUGCUGCCCUUUGAGUUACUGGAGGUGUUCACAUAUCAGCUGAUGUGGGUGGCGGCCAUCACCUACUGCCCAAUCCUCGCUCCCAAGGGUCUCCUCGCCACCAUUACUGCUCUCAUUGGCACCAUACAUUUUUCACUUGGGAAAGGUCUGGGGUCUCUGGUAGGUGCUCACCUCAUUGCCAACCUGGAUCUGCCUACAGCCUUCAGGGUCUACGGUGGUAUAUCUGUCACUUGUGGAGCCCUGUACUCCCUCCUCCACUUCUUCUACUUAAAGAAAAAGAUACAAGCAAGAGAGAAAGAGCUGAAGGAAGAGGAGAGGCGGCGGGGGGCAGGGGAGGGUAGACCCAUGCUGGAUGACCAGACUGUGCCUUCACCUGUCAUUGUCGGCAAAAACACAGCAGAUUCUGUACUGAGAAAGUGCUCCAUCAGUUAGAAGAGGAAAAGGCCAACCUUGAGCGUGUAUUAGAAGAAGAACGCCAUCGUCUGCAGGAGCAACUUGAGGCGACAGAGUAUCACAAAGAAGAAUUACGACAGCAGUUAGAAGCCAAAGAAUCUGCAAUCCUUGCUAAAGAAGUUGAAAAGAAGAAGGCAGAACAGGAGAAAGAAAGGUUGGAAGAUGAGUUGGCAAAGGAGCGACUCAGACUUGCAAAGGAACUAGAAAGCGUUAAAAAU